AAGAUGGCCGAGCCCGAGCAAAGAAAAAAGAUCCCUUUGGUUCCAGAAAAUCUCCUGAAAAAGAGGAAAGCUUACCAAGCCCUCAAGGCCACCCAGGCAAAGCAGGCACUUUUGGCAAAGAAGGAGCAAAGAAAAGGAAAAGGGCUCAGGUUUAAGCGACUGGAAUCAUUCCUACAUGAUUCCUGGCGGCAGCAACGCGACAUGGUGCGUCUCAGACGACUAGAAGUGAAACCUCAUGCUCUGGAAAUGCCAGAUAAUCAUUCCUUGGCCUUUGUUGUAUGCAUCCAGAGGAUUAAUGGGGUGAGUUCACUGGUGCAGAGGACCAUUGCAAGACUUCGCCUGAAGAAAANACUAACACAUAUUUCAAAGUUGCUGUUAAACUCAGAACACUUCUACAUGAACUCAUUCAGACCAACUGAACACACUAGAAAGCGAUUACGACUUCUCCCUGCUGAGGAAGAGAAGGAGCAGCAGAGGGCUCAGGACACCCUCCUGUCUCUCCUUGGCCUGCGGCGGGAGGAUACUCCUCGGGUUCAAGCCAGAAGCGGAGGAGGCGGCAGACCUGGCAUCAAAAGCGAAAAGCCUCGGCCGCGAAGGCAGGCGGCUCGUCCACGCGGCCAGAGAACUCAGCGAACAAAGCACCCGGCGGACAGUGCGCGGAGGCUGGGAGAGAGGGGGGAAGAUUACACCGGCUCUUCACAGCUGCCUGGGGCUAGAGCAGGUGGAGGCGCGGUCCUCCUGAGAAGGAGGGUGGGUUUUCGAGGGGCUGAUCUGAACUCCAGCGCCAAGGCAACCGGAACUGGGACCCGGGACCGGUCUAGGGAGAACGCCGGGAAAUGA